UGGGAGGCCGGGAGGGGGCCGGGACGCCGGGCUCCGGGGCGGGGGCGGGGGGCGCGGGCACCGGCGACCCCGGUGGCGGCGGCGGCGGCCGGGGGAAGCCGCGGGGCCGGUCAUGCGGCUGCGGGGCCCGCGGCCCGGAGCGUCCGCCCAGCCCUGAGCGAGGCCCCGCAGGGCGCCCCCCGCCGCUGACGAUGAGUCAUUGCAGCAGCCGCGCCCUGACCCUGCUGAGCAGCGUGUUCGGGGCGUGUGGCCUGCUGCUCGUGGGCAUCGCGGUCAGCACUGAUUACUGGCUGUACAUGGAAGAGGGAACGGUGCUGCCGCAGAACCAGACCACGGAGGUCAAGAUGGCCCUGCACGCAGGCCUCUGGCGGGUCUGCUUCUUUGCAGGCCGGGAGAAGGGUCGCUGUGUGGCCUCAGAGUAUUUCCUUGAACCGGAGAUCAACUUGGUGACGGAAAACACGGAGAAUAUUCUGAAGACGGUGCGCACAGCCACCCCCUUCCCCAUGGUCAGUCUCUUCCUAGUGUUCACGGCCUUCGUCAUCAGUAACAUCGGCCACAUCCGCCCACAGAGGACCAUUCUGGCCUUCGUUUCUGGUAUCUUCUUCAUCCUCUCGGGCCUCUCCUUGGUGGUGGGCUUGGUUCUUUACAUUUCCAGCAUCAAUGACGAGGUCAUGAACCGGCCCAGCAGCUCUGAGCAGUAUUUCCACUAUCGCUACGGGUGGUCUUUUGCCUUCGCCGCUUCCUCCUUCCUACUGAAAGAGGGGGCUGGCGUGAUGUCCGUGUACUUGUUCACCAAGCGCUACGCGGAGGAGGAGAUGUACCGUCCGCACCCUGCCUUCUACCGCCCGCGACUCAGCGACUGCUCGGACUACUCCGGCCAGUUUCUGCAGCCCGAGGCGUGGCGCCGCGGCCGCAGCCCCUCCGACAUCUCCAGCGACGUCUCCAUCCAGAUGACUCAGAACUACCCUCCAGCCAUCAAGUACCCGGACCACCUGCACAUCUCCACCUCGCCGUGCUGAGGCCUGCCCCUCGGAGCCCCCCUCUCCUCCUCUCCCUCCUCCUCCUCUUCCUCCUUCUCAGGGGUCUCCAGCCCCACAGCUCCGCACCCUCCCUCCGGGCUUCGGGAUGCG